AUGAGCGCCUUCAGCAAACGCGGACCUACCCUGCGAACGAAAAGCGGCUGCCUCACUUGCCGCCAAAGACGGAAGAAAUGCGACGAAGCGCAUCCUGCAUGCGUUCGAUGUAUCAGCGCCCAGCGAGACUGUAUUUGGCCAUCGUCUGCACAAUUGAAAGAUCGUCGAAAUCUCACGCGUAGGACCUUGGAGAGCACGCUCAUCGAGAACGACAAUCGUGAAGAUGAGGCCAUCGAGCUCAUACCUCGUAUUGCGAGAAGCGAGGUCGAUCUGAGCAACACUGUCUCGGAAGAAUGCUUACAGAUGGUUGUGGGCCGCCACUUCAUCGAACACUGCUAUUCUCUUCUCAUCAACUCAGAUAGUCAUCCAAGCUUUCACGACGACUGGUCGGCAAACAUCCAAGACUCCAUGCUGGCUUGUACGAGCCUUUACUACUCUGUGCUCGCCAACUCUGCCUCUCACCUCUUUAUAUCUGAUCGGACUACUCAGAUGGAGCAGAGAGCACUUGCAUAUUAUUCUCAUUCACUCCGCGACCUGAGUCAAAUCAUCGCACUGCCUUGUCGGGACGACCCAAAUCGUCGCAAUGAUAUCCUUACGAGUGUUGUGUUUCUCUAUCUCAAUGGCUGUAUGGGACAUGGAACCUACGACGAUAUUCCCGUUCAUCUCAGCGCCGCCAUUCGACUUCUUGAUCAACAAUUCUUCCAAGCAGAUUCUGCUCCGACUUUGAUGCCCUCUCAGUUGGUGACAGUCGAAAGUGUUAUUUAUCAAGUCUUCCUUGUCCGUAUGGGACUCUGGUCCAAGCCCCCAGAGGAAGGUCAGCGUCUGGAGUUUGACCCUAUGUUCUGGUUAAACUGUGAAGCUUUGUUACUCCGAUCCACACCAUUCCCAGGAAGCCCCAGAACGUGGAACAGCCCGGUACUUGGUGUGGAAUUCGAACUGUACAAGGUCUUCUUGAUGAUAAGAAAACUCUGGGACAGCGAUCGGUCGACUGUCGAUUUCAAGAGAGCAGUACACCAGCUCAAGACAAAAAUCACACCAUGGGAGCUAACAGUAGGCAUGCAAGGAAAGCACUGCAUCGAAGGAGACACUGAAAUAUUGAGCGUCACCCAAGAUGCGACCGCACUUUUCGUCAUCGGUGCCUCUUUGCUUGUCUCCCAGUUACCUGGUUCAAUCAAAGGAGCAAUACCUUUACCUUUUGUCAUCGAUGACUCGCGACUUUUGCAGGCAAAGUCGAUACUAAAACGCCGCGCUGGAGAUCAGAGAUGGGGCAGAAGUCAUCUUCCCAACUACCCUCUUUAUGUUCUUGGCUUCUUCAUGCGCUCGGAUGAGGACAUUGCACUGGUUCGUCGAGACAUGCAACAACGGUUGCAACAGAUGGCUUGGUCUAUGAUCGAUCGUUUCUGGCGUGAUCUGGAGUCCGUGUGGUCCACGAGACCCAAGUGA